CUGUGCUGGGUGUGCGUGCAUUGUCUGGCUCCUCCACAUUCACGGGGUCUCUCCUCCCCGGGGCUGCAGCAGGAGGAGCCCUCUGUGGACAGGGGAUGGUAGCAGUGCUGUGAGGCACGGGUCAAGGCUGGACUCUCCCCCGGCGACACAGGAGAGCACGAGCAGCAUGGUGUCCCUGUCUCCCUCUCCUUGCAGCGGCGUCAGGUAGUUGCUCAGGUGCCUUCCUUGAACUGAUGAGUGCUACAGUCCUCCAUUCAAAGAACUCUAAAAAAUGAAGCUACAUCUAUGCUCCGGUGCAUCUUUUAUUACUUCUUUUGGGUAAAUGAGGAGUAGUCAUGUUAUUAUGCUGACAUCUAAGCAUGAAUUUGGUAGACCUGUGGCUAACACGCUCUCUCUCCAUGUGUCUACUCCUACAAAGCUUUGUUCUGAUGAUACUGUGCUUUCAUUCUGCCAGUAUGUGUCCCAAAGGCUGUCUGUGCUCUCAUUCCGGAGGCUUAAAUGUCAGUUGCAGUAAUGCAAAUCUCAAGGAAAUACCUAGAGACAUUCCCCCGGAAACUGUUUUGCUCUACUUAGACUCCAAUCAGAUAACCUCUAUCCCUAAUGAGAUUUUUAAAGAUCUCCAUCAACUGAAAGUUCUCAACCUAUCCAAAAACGCCAUUGAGUUUAUAGAUGAACAUUCUUUUAAAGGUGUAGCAGAGACCUUACAGACCCUAGAUCUGUCGGAUAACCAGAUUGUAAGCGUCCAUGAAAAUGCUUUCAAUAACUUGAAGGCAAGAGCCCGGAUUGCUAACAACCCAUGGCAUUGCGACUGUACUCUUCAGCAGGUUCUGCGAAGCAUGGCAUCUAAUCAUGAGACUGCGAGCAAUAUUAUCUGCAAAACAGCCGUGCUGGAUGAACAUGCGGGACGGGCAUUGCUGACUAAUGCUAAUGAUGCUGAUCUUUGCAAUCUUCCCAAAAGGACAACAGAUUAUGCCAUGUUGGUCACUAUGUUUGGCUGGUUCACCAUGGUGAUAUCAUAUGUGGUAUACUAUGUACGGCAAAACCAAGAGGAUGCAAGACGUCAUCUUGAAUACUUGAAAUCCCUGCCAAGCAGGCAAAAAAAACCUGAUGAAGCUGAUGACAUUAGCACUGUGGUAUAGUAUUUGAUGCAGGCUUAGGCAAUUUGUGGUUAAGCCAGAAAAUAGCAGAAAACGCCAAGUGAUUUGGUCCAACAGGAGCUGGAAAGCCACACGCUGCCUAUUCCUGAUCUAAUGUAUCAAUGACUGACAUAAGAUUUUGGUAAUAGAUCAGAUUUCAUUAGGACAAAUCAGUUUAGUUCUAAUGUUUGUUGUAAACCUUUUUGCCUUUUUGAGACUAUUUACAGUAGCUAAUUUUUUGCCACUGAUAAAAAAAAACAAUACAACAAUACAAGAUAACUUUUGUCUGAAUGGUACUCGGUUGUCUCUGAUGGUAUUCCAAUCAACUUAAUUAACUACGUAGUACAUUAUCAUAAAUUAGAAUGCAUUUCACUAUUUAAUAUUGAAAUAUUUAUUUUUUUAAUUUCUAAAAAAAAUA